UUGAAAUGAGUUUUCUUUGGAUGUAUAUAUGUUAAUAGAAAACCAAAUGUCUUUGUCUUAGGUGUUUGCUAUCAGAUGACUAUUUUUUCAUCAUAUUUUUGGCCUUUUUAUUGUUGAUCUUUGAUGUGUUUACCUUAUAUGGUGAUUAAUAAGCAUAGUUAUAUGAAAUCCUCUUGCUUUUUCAGUUCAAUAAUUGUUGUUUUCAUCGCGAAAAUUGACUCGCUUGAUACGAAAGGAGGGCGUAGCUGGUGUAUGAUUCAAGAAAUGUGGUAGGAUAUACAUGUUGCUGAUUGCUGGCUUAGCUGGAGUGUCGUUGAGCCGAGGGUCUAUUGGAAACGGCGUUCUACUUCUGACGUAGGGAUAUUGUUCAAUAUGUACACUUGCAGAAGUUCAAACCUACUUUACGUUUGUUGGCCUACCGUCUAUUAAGUCAAAAUUAUACUUGACACUCUUCCUGCUCCAUAAUUUGAUUAUUAUAAUUCCAAGACCCCACUUGUGCGAUUUCACUCGGUAUGUUGUUGUUGUUGUUCUUAUUCGGGACCCCACUCGUGCGAUUUCACUCGGUAUGUUGUUCUUAUUGAGUCUAAUUAUCAUGUUAGACCAAACAGAAUAACCAAAGUUGUUUCCAGGCUGUUCUCUUUGUCUUUUCUCUUUUCACUGAAAGACAGUUUGUGGAUAAUAUGAAAUCUUCUUAUUCCCUUGUCUUUUCUCUUUGUACAAGAAUAAUGGUUUAUGGAUGACCUCAGAUAUAUAUAUAUAUAUAUAUUUAAUUAUUCUCGAACUCGCAACCUCAGGGUUGGAGGUGGAGGGUGUUUACCAUCCGAGCAACCCCUCUUGUCGAUUAGGUGCUCUGAUGGUAAUUUAGUUGGAUUUACGCUGUGUAAUUGUUUGGGAUUGGUUUCCUGCAGAAUGGUACUUGAGAUGAAGAUUUCGUGAAUGAACUGCGUACUCUUUGACGGGCGUAAUGCAUCAGUAGUAACAAGUAAUUGGACCUGCAGCUGUCUCGCCAACCCAAGUUUUGCCGUUCCAGGAAACUGUUCAUCAUCCUGUGAUUGCAAUAUUGACAAAUUAAGCGAGAACAAAUGGAUAUGUAUAUGUGCAGCCGAUGGCCUUCCUAGAGUGGCUGCUGAUCAUAACCACAGCAGCUGUUUUACCGCCUGUGAUUGCCGUUAUGGAACUCAACUUGAAAUGCAGUCCGCGAAGAAGAAGAUAUCCAGCAAAGUUAUUUUGGUCAUUCUUUUACUAUGUGCGACGGUCAUAACUCUUGGAUUUGUUGCUUCGAUGUUGUGCUAUGCCUAUCGAAAGGAUAAAUAUUUUAUUCAACGUCCUCUAUUUUCAUCCGACAAAGACACUAGUUUCAGCAGUGCUGCAAACUUAAUACCAAGCCAAGGAACUUCAAAUGGAGAACACGGCGGAGACACAAGUUCCUCCAACUGCAUUGCAGGUUGUGUUCCGAAAGCAUCCAUUCUUUUCAGAAGAAAACAGGAAAUGUUUUACGGAACGAUUAUUCAGUUUUCAUAUGCUGACUUAGAGAGCGCAACCUGUAAGUUCUCCAAUUCCAAUUUGAUCGGGCUGGGAGGAAGUAGCCAUGUAUACCGCGGUCAUUUCAAAGAUGGAAAAACUCUUGCGAUUAAGCGAAUCAAAACUCAGGCAGGGCGCGAUGCUGACUGUGCUUUCUUGACGGAGAUAGAACUCAUAUCAAGACUUCAUCAUCGCCAUGUGGUUCCGUUGCUUGGCUACUGCUCCGAGCACCAUGGGAAACACGUAGAGAGGCUGCUUGUUUUCGAGUUCAUGGAAAAUGGCAAUCUGAGAGAUUGUCUGGAUGGGACUUCAGGGAGAUAUCUUGAUUGGAGCACACGAGUCGCAGUUGCUUAUGGAGCUGCACGCGGCUUGGAGUAUCUCCAUGAAGCCGCCGCACCAAGAAUUUUACACAGAGAUGUUAAAUCCACUAACGUCCUAUUGGACGAUAACUAUAGAGCAAAGAUUACUGAUCUCGGGAUGGCAAAGCACCUCCAAAAUGACGGUAUUCCUAGCUGUCCGAGUUCUCCUGCUCGAAUGCAGGGAACAUUUGGCUAUUUCGCACCUGAAUAUGCGAUUGUGGGACGAGCUUCUCUGAAGUCUGAUGUUUUCAGUUUUGGAGUUGUGCUCCUUGAACUGAUUACUGGACGACAACCAAUACAUAAGUCGGCCAACAAAGUAGAAGAGAGCCUCGUGAUAUGGGCUACCCCUCGUCUGCUAGACAGUAGACGCGUGGUCUCAGAAUUGCCCGAUCCAAUGCUGAAAGGAGAGUUUGACGAAGAAGAAUUGCAGGUUAUGGCUUACUUGGCUAAGGAGUGUCUUCUACUGGAUCCAGAUUCUCGGCCAACGAUGAGUGAGGUUGUUCAGAUUCUGUCAACUAUCGCACCUGAAACAGCGAAAAGGAAACAUUUUUCGCGAGAUGACUUCAAGGGCUCGUUCAGUUACGACAACAAGAGUAAUGCAGAAAGUUCCGGCUUUGUUGAAGACGAGGAGAUCAAGCAAAUCACAUCUGAGAAUCACUGCUCAACGCACUGCUUAUUACCGAACUGUGAGUUCAGUCAUUGUAGCGAAACUAGUCAUCCAAAACAUGAUGUUAUCGCAGAUGCAUAUAUCGAGAAGCUUCUCCUCCAGAGUUCAAAUUCCAAAAGUUGGAGCGCGAAUGAUGAUGAAUCAGUGGACUUAACUGAACCGCGUUUUGAGAAAUUUCAUAUGCCAACUGUUAGAUCAUCGACAGGUAAAAACAUAAUCGGUACACUGUAGGAACAUCGCAGAUUUCAUUUCUUACGCGCAAAUGGCAGUUGAUUUCAUUUUUUUCAAUCGAUGUAAACAAGUUUACGAGGAAUUUUCUAGUCGUUUUACUGUUGUAAAUGAUGAUCCUAGUUAGAUAUACAAUUUUCUGGAAAGAAAAAGAUACAAAUUUUACAUGACUA